GAUCGCGUAGAAGCGGACGGGAUUUUCUUCUUCUCCGUCUCCUCGUCCCGUUUCGUCCUCUUCUUUUUCCGUCUUCUUCGUGUUCUGGUCUGAAGCGUGCCGUCCAGCCCCCCCCCCCGCCGCCGGCGACAAGGAGAAGAGCUUGCCGGACCGCCGGGACCGGAGGCCAGCCGCCGGCUGCGACCUUGCCAGCAGCAGGUGCCAAGAUGGGGAACCUGCUGAAGGUGCUCACCUGCACCGACCUGGAACAGGAGCCCAAUUUCUUUCUGGAUUUCGAAAAUGCGAUGCCCACGGAGGGCGAACGUCACGUGUGGCAGCAGGUGGACGUGGUACUGAAGGACGCCGAAGCCAUCCUGGACGAGCUGCAGGCCUACAACGGUGCCGGCUGCGAGAUCAGAGAGGCCAUCCAGAACCCCAACGAUGAGGCGCUCCAGGAGCAGGCCUGGGCGGCGGUGGUCCCCCUGGUGGGCAGGCUCAAAAAGUUCUACGAGUUCUCCCAGAGAUUAGAGGCGGCGCUGCACAGCUUGCUGCGCGCUCUGACCAACGAGACGUACGACGACCCCACGCAGCACCUGGAGCGGGAGCAGGCGCUCGCCAAGCAGUUUGCCGAGAUCCUGCACUUCACGCUGCGCUUUGAUGAACUCAAGAUGACCACUCCUGCCAUUCAGAACGACUUCAGCUAUUACAGGCGAACGCUCAGUCGCAUGCGCAUCAACAACGUCCCCGCCGACAGUGAGAACGAAGUCAACAACGAGCUGGCUAAUCGGAUCUCGCUCUUCUACGCCGACGCCACGCCCAUGCUCAAGACCUUAAGCGACGGCACCACCAGGUUCGUGUCUGAGAACAAGAACCUGCCUAUCGAGAACACCACCGACUGCCUGAGCACCAUGGCCAGCAUCUGCAAAGUCAUGCUGGAAACGCCGGAAUAUCGCAGCCGCUUCGCCAGUGAGGACACGGUGUCCUUCUGCCUGCGGGUGAUGGUGGGCGUCAUCAUCCUGUACGACUACGUCCAUCCCGUCGGAGCCUUCGCCAAGUCUUCAAAGAUUGACAUGAAAGGUUGCAUCAAAGUGCUGAAGGAGCAACCGCCCAACACCGUGGAUGGUCUCCUCAAUGCUCUCAGGUAUACCACCAAGCAUCUAAACGACGAGUCUACUAACAAGAGCAUCAAGCUGAUGCUGCAGUAGCGGUCAGCUGCUCUUUCCGCCGCCGCUCAGCGUUCUGCUUGCUGGAAUGUCAUUUUGUUCCCCUUCUUUUCCAAAAAGAAGAAGAGCAGCCCAGCCCUCUUUUGCUUAUUGCAAAUUGCUACUGCUGUCUGCAGCGCCGAACUCCGACGUGAGUGGCAGCUGACGCGAGCGUUGCGGCUCCUGAAAACUUAAUUCCCCUCUUUUCGAGGGAUGGGGGCUUGGACUUGAGCUUGAUUUAAAAGAGAGAGAAAUAUAGAGAAGUAUUUUGCUUUGUUUUGUUAUUUAAGACGUCGUUCUCCGCAUGAUGACCUUGAUUCAGGUUGUGUGUCUAUUUAAUAAGUUGAAGAUCUGUUUGGGUUGAGCUUGUCUGCUGUGUCGUGCGUGUGCGAAAAAACAAAUCUGCUGUCUCUCGUCCAAAUGGUACUUGUGGCAAUCACAUUGAAGAGUAGAAUACUGUUUUGGUUGAUAUAUUUUUAUACAGGUAUAAAAUUGUGCAGAAUGUCCUUUAUUUUCAUGGUUGUUUUAUUUUUUAAAUUUUUUGCUGACUUUUAAAACUGUGAUUUGUGCAAAAAAAAAAAAAAAAACUGCAAGUGAAAAGUGAGAUUGUAAAUCAAUGGAGGAAUUAAAAGGUGGAAUGCUUGUUUUUCUACAAGA